GCAGCUCCACCUCACUGACAUCAGCUCUUAAUCACACAUUAUCACAGAUUCACCACAAAACCGAGCACAAAACAAAGAAUGUCUUUCGAGAAUUAUAGUGAAAUAUCUAAAGGAUAUGACCGACGAAGGAAACCAAUUGGUGUUGAUGUAAUACUAGGAGCUGUGACUCGUGUAAUGGGAGGAUUUUCGAAGAGAGCUACUGUGUUAGAUAUUGGUUGUGGCACAGGUAACUAUGCGAAGGAAUUAAGUCCUUACAUAAAAGAAAUAAUUGGAAUCGAAGUCAAUUCUAAAAUGAUUGAAGAAGCUAAUAAUAAGGGCAUUGAGAACUUCAAGACAUAUGAAGGAAAUAUAUCUGACUUACAUAAAAUAGUACCGGAGAAAUGCUGUGACGUUGUUAUAUGUACCCUACCUAGCCUCACUUUUUGUGCACGUUUGUUCAGUGGUCUGGUGCUUCAUCAUCUUAAAGACAGUGUUCCCCCUGAUUAUUCAGGGCCUAGCAAGGUCAUUAAUGAUGUAUACAGUGUACUGAAUGAUAAAGGAGCUUUUAUCAUUAAUACAAUGGGACAUCACCAACUAGCAGAAGCAUCUGCUUUCUUCAUGUUAGCUCCUAAAAGAGUUCAAGAGAUAUUUCAGUCAAAGUUUCCGCCCAUAAAUACAUUAUGCAGAAGAUUAGAAGAAGUUGGGUUUAAAGUUCAUUCAGUGUUACCACAUUGUCAUAAAACUGAAUGCGUAAUGAAGAAUGAGCUUCACUCAAACAUUGAAGGACCAUUAAAUAAAGAAUGGAUUGAUGCUACAAGUGUAUGGUCACUAGCUACUGAUGAGGAGAUAAAGUCAAUUCAAGAUAAAUGGAGGGAAAUGAUAAAUGAUGGUAAAGCACAAGAAUUUUUUUGCAAAACAGAAGAAGCAAGGCAAAAAAUAGGUGAAACAACAACAAUACUUGCUUAUAAAGGAUUUUAAAAAUUAAUGUUUUGCCAUGAUUGGCUUUUUGUUUUUCUACUUUUAUACUUUUUAUUACAAUACAUUAAUUGGAAUAAAGUUACAUGGCAAAACUUACAAAAUUGUAAUACUUUACUAGAUCUAUGUACACACAGAAUGUUAUUGUUAUGGGAUGGUUUGUGUUAAUAGAGAAAGGGUUUUGAUUUUUGUGAAAGUAA